AUGUAUGCUUCAGAAACCUGGGCACUUGGCAAGCAGCAAGAAAAUGCGGUUUAUUUACUUAUGGCGCAGUGCUCAUUUGCCAUCUACCUUAUCCGUACGGAAAGAUCGCAAUGCUAUGUGGGAAAGAGUUCGUGCCCACAGUGCACCUGUCUCUGUAGCUGUCUUUGCUCCAAAACCACAGGUGUUUCCCUCUGUAAUGGCAAAGCUUGA